GUUUACGGUAUAACGCCAGAUUUGUGUACAGGAACCGCGUACUUCCAAGUUGAUAUCCAAAUGGAAACUCGAAACCAACAAAACGGGGAAUUGGGAAAAGAAGCAAAUGACUCGAGGUUCAUUAUCGAGCGUGAACAACGUUACGGGGUGCAUCACACAGAUUCACUUCCGAUUUCAAUUACUAGAGGACAAGGGAUUUACCUCUGGGAUGGAGAAGGGAAAAGGUAUGUGGAUUUCACUAGCGCUUUUUCGGCUGUAAACCAAGGACACUGUCACCCGAAAAUUGUGUCAGCCUUACAAAAACAGGCCAGUAUAUUGACAAUAACGGGUAGAGCGUUCUACGCUGAAACUCUGGGCGAGUACGCACAAUACAUCACUAGCUUAUUUGGAUACGAUAAAGUUUUACCAGUCAGUAGCGGAGUAGAAGCAGGAGAUAUGGCUUGCAAAAUUGCACGAAGAUGGGGCUAUCUUAAGAAAGGCAUUCCUGAUAAUGAAGCUAAGAUCGUAUUUGCAGAAGGUAAUUACUGGGGAAGAACUUUAGCUGCCAUUUCUACAUCGACCGACCCCAAAUGCAAAAAGUUUUAUGGUCCGUAUAUGCCAGGUUUUCUCCUCAUUCCUUACGAUGACCUACACGCAUUAGAAAAUUUAUUGAAGGAUGAUCCCAAUAUUUGUGGGUUUAUGGUAGAGCCCAUUCAAGGUGAACGUGGACGUGUGCCAUCCCCAGGCUAUCUUAAAGGCGUACGAUAUAUCUGCACAAAAUACAACGUACUGUGGAUAGAUGAUGAAAUUCAAACUGGUUUGGGACGUACCGGAAAGUUGUUAGCCGCAGAUCACGAAAGUGUGAAACCCGAUUUAGUAUGUUUGGGAAAAGCUUUGUCUGGUGGAGUGAUGGCGAUUUCGGCAGUUUUGGCUAACGACGAAACCAUUCUUUGUCUUGAACCAGGUGAACAUUUUAGUACAUAUGGAGGAAAUCCCCUUGCGUGCAAAGUAGCAAUUUCUGCUCUGAAAGUGACUAUUGACGAAGGUUUGGCGGAAAAUGCGCUUCGUUUGGGAAAGAUUUUCAGGAAGGAAUUGGAGAAAAUAUCUAAAUCUAUUGUGACAGAGAUUCGUGGAAAAGGACUCAUGAAUUCGAUUGUUUUAAAAGAAGAUUUAAAAACUACGCCGAUUAAAAUUUGCCUAAAACUUCGAGACAAUGGAAUAAUCCCAAUUCAAGCAGCAGAUAACGUCAUUCGGUUCAUGCCUCCUCUCGUCAUUACCGAAGAACAAUUAAUGGAAGCAACCAAAAUCAUAGUAACUACAAUCAAUUCAUUUGUUAAUUAAACAUCCCGAUUCUUGAAACAUCCCUUCCUAGAUAGACUUCACACGACACCAACCAUUUUAACCUGUGCACCUUUUGCUAACUAAACAUAAUUUAUUGUU